GAUUGUCAAGAGUCGGUCCGCAAUUCCGAGCGGUCCUUCGCAAUCGACUACCUGCGAGGCGUCAAUGUUAGCAAUACCCAAGAUAGACGCCGGAGGAGGUCGCAUUUCCUUGUCCUGCCAUGGCUCUGCAGCAGUAUUUUCAGAGCUCUCUUCGACCUACCCACUCAAACUGUUGUCUCCUCGCAUCCCUGAAGACGGAGUAGCUGUGGUGUAUAUCCUAACAUACGGAGGCGGGCUUGUCAGCGGCGACCGAGUAAAUUUGUCUGUUGAUGUCGGAGAAGAAUCCAAGCUUGUGUUGCUCUCCCAAGGAUCCACCAAAGUCUUCAAAACCAGACCAGGCCACCGACUGGCAUCUGUACAAACAAGCUCCCAUCCCCCACCAACAACUCAAAUCAUGACCUUCGUCGUCAACCCAAAUGCAUCCCUCUUCUUACUGCCAGACCCCGUCACCUGUUUUCGUUCAGCCUCAUACAACCAAAUACAGACUUUCCGCUUAACAGGCAAUGCAUCCGCCGUCAUUCUUGACUGGGUCACCUCUGGUCGUCGGUCUCUAGGAGAAGAGUGGGUUUUCUCCAGGUAUUACAGUGUCAACGAGAUCCUGGUGGAUGGGAAGAGGAUAGCCAAGGAUGCGAUGCUGUUGGACGAUCCUCAGGUUGACGUGAAGCCUCUACCUGAGCGGGCUUUGGCUGAGAAACUCAAGCCAUAUUCGUGUUAUGCCACAUUGUUCCUUGUAGGUCCCCAGGUGCAAGCUGUUAUCACUGAGCUGGUUCGGAGAUACCAUGCCAUUUCAAUCAUGAAGAUGAAGGGUCCAGACAAAGUAAUCUGGUCCUUAAGUCCCCUUACAGGGAAUGACCAUAUAUCAGUCAUUGUUCGAGUUGCCGGGAAGGAAACCGAAGAUGUUAAAGCAUGGCUUGGAAAAGCGCUUGAAUCUGUGCAGUAUUCGAUAGGAAAAGAUGUAUAUCGGCAAGUUUUUCGUUGAAGUUGAACAUGUCUUAACGAUACGCCAAGGAACCAUUGAAUAGUAAGGAGUGAAUUGCAUUGCGAUGAUUUAAUAUAUGGUUUGUA